UAGCCAAACAUUUAAGCUGGCUUUUGACAAUGGAAAAAAGCAAGUCAUUCCCUGAAUACACUUCGGCUUACUCCGGCGAGUUUGGAUUCCGGGAGCGGUCGAAUUCGUACAACUUCAACGGGCCAACCCAGAAGGGAAGUGGGUUUGCGACAUCAAGUGAUCCAGAACUGCAGAGGAAGAAGAGAGUUGCCUCAUACAACGUGUUUACAAUGGAAGGUAAGGUUAAAACAAGUCUAAAAAAUAGCUUCAAGUGGAUCAAGAAUAGGUUCGUCACCGACGUUCGCUACGAUGCAUGAAUAUGAAGUUACAUAAGAGAGUUUUGUCUCAUAAUGCCACCAUCUUGUGUUCACCUUUACUUGUUGAUUGUAUACAGUUUGUGUGUCAAGGUUAUGAUUUAUAAUCAGAUGGGAAAAUCCCCACCAAAGACCAAAUAUGAAAGAAAAAGGAAAAAAAAAAUCUUUCUCAACGCAAAAAUGCACUAAGAGUAUGAUGAUGAUGAUGAUGAUGAUGAUGGCUUUAGGGUGCGGCCAUUUGAAUUGUAAUAUGUUUUGGUUAUAUUAUAACCUCCAAGUUCUUUU